AUCCAAAUCGAGCGCUCUUCAUCUUCAACGGUCCCCUUUUCUUCAAAACGGAUACAUCACUCUCUCUCUCAUCAAUUCAAACUUCAAAUUUUUUCCACGAAAAUCCCACUUUCUCACUCACUCUCAUUUUCUCGGGAAAAUCCACUCGUUCCUUUUCUCACCACCGGCGAAACGAAACCCUAGCACCGGUUCAUCCACCCAUUCCCUCCGUUGUUCAGGUACAAGUACUCCAAAAUGUCUAAACCUCAAGGUGAUCCCCUUUCGCAAGCUGAAACAACAUGUGGGACGCUUCUGUAUGAACUUCAGAUAAUAUGGGAUGAAGUUGGAGAGUCUGAUGCUGACAGAGACAGAAUGCUUUAUGAGCUUGAACAAGAGUGUCUAGAAGUCUACAGACGGAAGGUAGAUGUGGCAAAUCGGUCUAGAGCUCAAUUAAGGCAGGCAAUUGCUGAUUGCGAGGCAGAACUUGCAGCUAUCUGUUCAGCAAUGGGAGAGCGACCUGUACAUAUUAGGCAGGCUGAUCAAAAUGCUGGAAGCCUGAAAGAAGAGCAUGCAAGAAUUCUUCCACAGUUGGACGAGAUGCGAAAAAUGAAGUCUGAGCGUAGAAAUCAAUUUAUUGAAGUUCAAGAGCAGAUUCAAAGUCUCUCGAUUGAGAUUUAUGGUCCCAUAGAGUAUAUUCCUGCUACUGUAGAUGAAACAGAUUUAUCCUUGAGAAAACUUGAAGAAUUGCACAGACAACUGAAUGCACUUCAAACUGAGAAGAGUAACCGCCUAAAGAAGGUCCAGGAGCACCAGUACACUUUAAGUUCUCUUUGUUCAGUGCUUGGUUUGGACUUUAAGCAGACAAUCAGUGGAAUCCAUCCCAGUUUAGGAGACUUAGAAGGAUCUAAGAGUGUAAGCAAUGAUACAAUACAGAAAUUGGCUGUUGCUGUGCAAGAACUGCGGGAAGUUAAAUUACAGAGAAUGCAGAAGCUCCAAGAUCUUGCUACAACAAUGUUGGAGCUCUGGAACUUGAUGGAUACCCCAGUUGAAGAGCAACAAAUGUUUCAGAAUGUUACCUGUAAUAUUGCUGCUUCAGAGCAUGAAAUAACUGAACCAAACUCCUUGUCCCUGGACUUCAUCAAUUGUGCUGAGGCGGAAGUAUCUAGGUUAGAAGAGUUCAAAUCGAGCAAAAUGAAAGAGCUUGUAUUGAAGAAGAGAACAGAGCUAGAGGAGAUUUGUCGAAAGACUCAUUUGGUUCCAGAAGUAGAUGGUGCAAUUGAAUAUGUUUUUGAAGCUAUAGAAUCUGGAUCUGUGGACCCUGCAUGUGUGCUUGAACAAAUUGAACUUCAGAUAGCGCAAGUCAAAGAGGAAGCUUUUGGCCGAAAAGAAAUACUUGAGAAGGUUGAGAAAUGGUUAGGAGCAUGUGAUGAAGAGUCUUGGCUUGAGGAGUACAACAGGGAUGACAAUAGAUACAAUGCUGGGAGAGGUGCUCAUCUUACUCUCAAGCGAGCUGAGAAAGCUCGUGCCUUGGUCAACAAAAUUCCAGCAAUGGUUGAUGCUUUGACUUCAAAAACUAUAACAUGGGAAAAGGAAAAAGGCAUUGAGUUCAUGUAUGAUGGUAUUCGUCUACUGUCCAUGCUUGAUGAGUACAAUAUAUUACGUGAGGAGAAAGAGCAAGAACGCCGUAGGCAGCGGGACUUAAAGAAACUUCAGGGACAAAUGAUAGCGGAACAGGAGGCACUAUAUGGGUCAAAACCAAGCCCUUCAAAGCCCCAGAGUGUGAAAAAGGGAUCUAGGAUGUCAACCGGAGGUGCAGCUAGUAGGAGAGUCUCCUUUGGAGGAGCAAUGCUUCAAACUCCAAAACCCGAUUCAAAAACUGCUAAUUCACGUGCCAUGAGAAAGACUGACAAAGCACACCAAUUUGAGGAUGAUGGCAUUUCAUGUUUAUCAGCAGCUAGAAGAGGGUUAGAUAUUGCUGGGGUUCCUAUGAAGAAGCACUCAUUUGGUGCUGGAAGUUCUCAUGGUAUAGAAUCUCCUAUGACAAGACAACCCUUUUCGCCCAUCACUUCUAAUGUAUCUGCAAAGGGGAGUACAGAAAAUGCCGCAAAUGAAUUGAAUUUACAGAGUGGGAAGAUGCAGAAAACAAUGCCACUUAACAGUGUGCCAUUCACUAGUCCCUCUAAGACAGUUACUGUGGUAGAUGAAGAGAACAAGACUCCAAAGGCAAUGCCUAUUCCUGUCCCUGCAACACCUUCGACGGUGUCAGCUCCAAUGAAUAUGGCCAUGACUCCAAAGACAAUGCCUAUUCCUGUCCCUGCAACACCUUCAACGGUAUCGGUACCAAUGAGUAUGGCCAUGACUCCAGUUCCUUCAACUGUUUUAAUGAACAAGGCCCCACCUCCCUUGUCAGUUCAAGAGAUUGAGUAUUCCUUCGAGGAAAGAAGGCUCAGUUAUAUGCUAGCAUGAUUAUAUCUUGUCUGGUUUUCAUUUUACUUGUUACCACCAUAAGUCAAUUGUAAUUGGCUGUCUAAUGGUGUACAUUAUGAGAAGUGAACGUAGAUUAGGUUAUGAACAAAUUUACUGAGGAGGUUUUGCAGUGUAAUGCGAUUUAUAGCAUUUUGGAUCAA